GGACGCGAUCCGGCCGGGACGUCAGUUAUAGAAUAUUAUAAUACUACGCGGAUUCGAGGGAACGGACGUGCAAUACCCAUAUACAGCUGCGCUCACGAUGAUAAAUAAGACCGUAAUACUGCAGCUGUGCGUCGUCUGGCUGUCGUUGACUCAGGGUGCGUACGUGCCGCGGGGCCAACGAAGCGCAUUCAUUCCGGGUCCUCCAGGGCCCGCCGAGGGCUUCAACGCGGUCUUCAAGUCGUCGCCGUCCGUUCCAUUGUCACCGCAACCGCACUUUGGUCCGGCCGGUUUUGGAGCGUUCAAUCCCGGCGUCGUUGCGCUGCCCGUGACCGGCUACCCGGACGCGGGUUUCGACCUCGGCGGGCUCCAGUUUCAGUUCCUGCUGGCACCUCUGUCCGGCCAUCCCCGGUUCCCCGGGUUCGGGUUCGACGUGGCAUCCGCAGGAUAUCCCUUGGCCGUGCCGGCGCCGCAACCGUACCCGACCGCCGCCAGUAACGAUCUGCAGCAGUUACGAACCUUGGCUGCGGAGGGGCUUCGGUUCGACCCGGUCCCGAGAGCGCGACCGGCUGACGAGUCUGUCACUGUGGGACAGACCCACGUCCGGCCGGUCCCACAGACGAACGACGCGUCCACGCAGUCCGUCACGCCGAUCGCGACCACCGCGCCGCCGAAGGGUUCAGACGAACAGCAACCACGUCCGCAUUACAAUCAGGUCGGCACGGCGUCGGGUACCAUUUUCGGUAUCAUUUCUUCCGCGGGCCACGGACCGCAGCAGGAACCGCAGCCGAUUCGGACGGGUGGUGGCGAUUCAAUCGCGACGUCAGCACCGCCUUCGCCCGGGUCCGAUUCUGGUACCGAACCCGUACCCAAUUUGGCCUUGGAACUGAGACCACCGCCGUACAUCAAUGUGCCGGUCUCAGACUCGUCCUUCUACUCAGCCGCCAACGUCCCUUCCCCGCAGCCGUCCUCGUUCUCGACCGACCCAGCCGUCGCCUCCUCCUUACCGCACGGUGAUGGAGCUUUUUCCCGUCCUCCGGCCUUCGAUCCAUCCGUUCACAAGUCCUAUCCGACAACGCCACGCGGUCUCGGUCCCGACGCGUACCCCACACCGAGCGUAUCGUACACGCUGCCGAGCGAGUCAUUCCGCUUGCCCGCGGGGUUGACCGACGCUCACGGUCCGAAGAACGCGCCCAGACUUCCCAUGAGCCCCAUCGUAGUCGUCCCCGAAAAGUCGUAUCCCGCUGAGGCUUCCGCUCCCGAUAGUAGCCCUUCGCCCGCCGGCGCCGGUCCCGAUAAUACUGUUCCCGUUCUCGCCAACGUCUACGGCAGCUCGAACCCGGUAUCCGCGAACACGUACAGCGAAUCCAACACCAUCCAAGGCAGUUCCCGUAGCAACGCGUUCGUCGACGGUACCCUGUACCCGAAACUGAUCGCCGGUGCUGUUUUCGACGACUCCAAUUCGAUUGCGUCGUCACCGCAGCCGCCGCAGUUGCACUAUCAACCGAACGGCACCAAAUGAUCCGACGAAAAAACAACUACCCUCUCGAUGGACUGUGUUACCCACUACGACGCUGCCUAAUGCGUUCCUAAUACGGUAUGCUGUUGACUUCUUCAAAAGUAAAACGAUUUUCUUUUCUUAUUCGAAUCGUUGAGUCCAGCAGAUCAUUAUUUAUAGUCAUGAAAAACAUUAUUAUCUUGUUCACUAGAAUAUAUACGUAAUAUAUUUUUAUUCCUAAAGUUCGAAUAAUCGAAUGUUACGUCGUGUUUGUAGUUAUUGCGUUUAUUUAUUCUAAUAUAAAUAUACUGUAAUGUGUUAUAAAUCUAUUUUUGAUUGUAUUUGUUUUUGAUUAAAUAUCACCGU